CGCCCCUUCUCGCCAAGCCCCGCCCCGCUGCGGGGAAAGAUGGCGGCGGCGCGAGCCAGCGUGGUGCUGCGGCGGGGAGCGCGGGGGUACUCGAGGGACGCCGAGGGCAGCUGGUUCCGCUCCCUCUUUGUGCACAAGGUGGACCCCCGCAAGGACGCCCACUCCAACCUCCUCUCCAAGAAGGAGACCAGCAGCCUCUACAAGAUCCAGUUUCACAACGUGAAGCCGGAGUGCCUGGAUGCCUACAACAGCCUGACAGAGGAGGUGCUGCCCAAGCUCCACGUGGAUGCCGACUACCCCUGUGACCUGGUGGGCAACUGGAAUACGUGGUAUGGAGAGCAGGACCAGGCAGUGCACCUCUGGCGCUUCUCGGGCGGGUACCCAGCGCUCAUGGACUGCAUGAACAAGCUCAAGCAGAACAAGGAGUACCUGGACUUCCGUAAGGAGAGGAGCCGGAUGCUGCUGUCCCGCCGCAACCAGCUGCUCCUGGAGUUCAGCUUCUGGAACGAGCCCCUGCCCCGCCAGGGACCCAACAUCUACGAGCUCAGGACCUACAAGCUGAAGCCAGGGACCAUGAUUGAAUGGGGCAACAACUGGGCUCGGGCCAUCAAGUACCGGCAGGAGAACCAGGAGGCAGUGGGAGGCUUCUUCUCCCAGAUCGGGGAGCUGUACGUCGUGCACCACCUCUGGGCCUACAAGGACCUGCAGUCCCGGGAGGAGACCAGGAAUGCAGCCUGGAGGAAGAGGGGCUGGGAUGAGAACGUCUACUACACUGUGCCGCUGAUCCGGACCAUGGAGUCGCGGAUCAUGAUCCCCCUGAAGAUCUCCCCCCUGCAGUGAGCAGGGGUCUGCACCAGGGGGUCUGCAGCAGGGGGUCUGCACCAGGGGGCCUGCACCAGGGGGUCUGCACCAGGGCGUCUCUCUGCACCUGGGGGCGAUGGGACUCGCUCCCUGCCUGCACCCCAGCUCCCUGCUGGAGAGGGGCACUGACCCCCUCAGCACCCAGGCCUCCCCAUUUUGGGGUGCCCUGUGGAGGAUGAGAGCAGGGAGGGGGUCUGAAGGGUGGGAGCCCCCCAACCUGCAGUGGGUCCCCAAGUGUGGCAGGGGAGGGCACUGCCUGGGAUGGGGCUGUAAAGGUUCUGUGGGGGUCUUAAUUAUUCCUGAUGGGUCCAGUGGGUGCCUCUCCUGCCAGG